UUUGUCCAUUUGAAUUUUGGUCAAAUUCGGUCACAUUCUCACCGGUCACCGCAUUUUUUGGCCUUUUUGAAGAGCCGUGCAGAUUUAAGAUGAGUAACUACGUCUGCCUGCACCAGGAGGGCGUCAGCAGCAUUCCCAAGCUGAUCGAGAAGGCCUACGCGAACAACUACAAUGUGGUCGCCACCUCCAUCAACGCCAACAUGGUGCCAUUCGAACCGGACGAGUCGGAUCCCACAUAUCCGGCCACUAUUCUCAGCGCCGUGGACUGGAAUUCCAAGGUGAUAUUCACCCUGUCCGACGUGGAUGUGGACUCACCGAACGCCAAGCUGCGCCAGCAUGCCAAGGAGGUGCUCCUGCGGGACGUGGCCUGGGCCGAGCACCUGCAGAACGUGGGCAGCGUGAUGGUGCGACUGCGCGGUCCGGAAAACGAGAAUCUGGCGGCCAUUGUGCAGACCAAAACGAAGGGCAACUGGUUCAUACAGGUGCCCAUCACUAAUCCCGAGCUGGCCACCUUCGAGCACCGCAAAGAUGCCUCAGCCGAGGAUGUGGCUCUCGCGGAACAGAAUGACCCAUGGAACUGGUGGAACAAGCUACGAUUCGCAGUCAAACAAAGCACCAAAGUCAAGGUUGUAAUAGAGUUGAACGAUUCGGAUCGACCGAGCAAGGAAACAGUGCGUCGCUGGUUGGGCGAGCCCAUCGAGGCCAUCAUCAUUCCAUCCUCCCUAUUCGUGAGAAAUCGCUCCAACUACUGCGUGCUGAAGAAGGAGUGGCAGGUCAUCAUCGGGCACUUCAUCUCUGUGAGAGCCAACAUCAUCAUCUCCACGAAUCCCACCGAUAAGGCUCUGUCCCAGUAUGCAGAUUAUCUGAAGAAGUUAAUUAGUGAGAACUGCGAUACACACGAGCUUAACAGCUAUGAAAACAUGCUGGAGAUCCCACUGCAGCCACUCUGCGAGAAUCUAGACAGCUAUACAUAUGAAGUAUUUGAAACUGAUCCUGUCAAAUACAAACUUUAUCAGGACGCAGUACAGGCGGCUUUGUUAGAUCGAGUGAGCGAUGAAGAGGCCAAAACCAAGUUGACAGUGGUGAUGUUGCUGGGUGGAGGACGCGGUCCUCUUGCGCGGGCUGUGUUCAAUGCAGCUGAAUUGACAAAGCGCCAAGUGCGGCUAUACAUCAUAGAGAAGAAUUCCAAUGCCAUCCGGACGCUCUCCAAUAUGGUUAAAACGCUUUGGGCCAACAAAGAUGUGCACAUUUUUUCCAAGGACAUGCGCGACUUUUCGCCUCCCGAGCUGGCUGACAUUAUGGUAUCCGAAUUACUUGGUUCCUUUGGCGAUAACGAACUUUCGCCAGAAUGCCUUGAUGGAGCUUUGAAGCUGCUCAAGCCGGAUGGUAUAAGCAUUCCUUACAAGUCCACGUCGUACAUUAAUCCCCUGAUGUCUGCGGUGCUGCACCAAAAUGUCAGUCAAUUAGUAUCCACUGUGCCUGCCUUUGACUACGGCUAUGUGUCGCUACUGAAGAAUAUUUACCACAUUGAUGAGCCACAGGCUUUGUUUGAAUUCACGCAUCCCAAUCGGGCGGAGAAGAUAGACAAUACUCGAUGUAAGGUGCUCACGUUUACUAUCAAAAAGGAUUGUGUGCUUCACGGAAUCGGGGGAUACUUUGAUACUCAUUUGUACAAGGACAUCUGUCUGAGCAUCAACCCGCUGACGCACACGGCGGGAAUGUUUUCCUGGUUCCCCAUGUUUUUCCCCACGCGACCAAGGACUCUUAAGGAAGGACAGAACAUAAACAUCAAGUUCUGGCGCUGCGUAGAUGCAAACAAAGUGUGGUACGAGUGGCAGGUAAUCACCGACUCCAAGGAAUGGGAGCACCACAAUAUUUGUGGCACUGGCUACAACAUGCGACUGUAGCAGUAGGCGAUGCCAUACCUCGUAGCCAAAUGAUCCUCAAUACUUUUUUUGAACUGGAAAUAGAAUCAAACCCAAGCGACCUUAA